UUAAUCGAUGUGUAUGGUCCUGAUAUCACAUUUGGGUAUGACAUCAGUUGUACACACUUGGUAACUGUGCUCCAGAGCAGUAUCGGGGAGAAGGCCAAACAAUCCAGACUUCGCUUCUUUGUCGAAGCAUUUCACGGGUAUGCUCACAACAGAAGAUGCCAGAUUCACUAUCAUCCUUGCUUCUUGACGUCGGCUGGAUUGGAAGAUUUCGAGACAUGCGAAUGGAUCUUCAGUCAAGAAAACCAAUGUGCUCAUCUUUUCCAGCACGGGUCUGCAUUCCAUCGGCACUUAACUCUCGAUUGGUUCUACCAGACAUGGGAUCCUGACCAUCACACAGUCCUUGGAGACUAUCUCUUCCAGAACUACCGAAAAGCCCUAAAGAUUAUCCGGACUGAAGGAGCAACCGUCACCGCACUACUCCAGAUGCUCAACUUGAUGACAGAUGAUCUGCUGAAGUUCCAGAGGGACGAGGAGGAGUUCUUCGAACGUCUGGAGAGAGAGCCCAUGGUGGAUGAGAAAGCAUAUGAAUAUCUGGAUGUCUUGAAGCUUCUGGACAAAGUAUGGUGUGUAGGGCCCGGUUUCUUGACGAAAAAGCGAGUAUUCAUUUCGAGACAGGGAAGAGCUUGCAGUGAGUGA